GUUUUUCUAUUUUAUUAGGUUAUUUUAGUUGCUAUGACAAGUCCUAGAGAAAUGAAAGCUUCAUCAAAUCUUUAUAGAAGUGACACUUUUGGAGGAAAUUUUAAAGAGAUUAGUUCGUUGUUGGAAAAUGAUAUUAUCAGAAAGCUCAAUGGUUUGCAGCACCAUAAGUCCAAUGUGAAAAAGAUCUAUGUUAUUACCUACUCUAACUUAUUUAUCACUGAAGAUGGUGGCAAGAGUUUUACAAAAGCACCAUUGAAUUUUAACCUGGAUGGUUCAUUGGUAUUUAAUGACAUCAGUGAAAACCACAUACUGACUAGAGAGUCUGAGAAAAAGCAACUCCAUCUUUCAAGUGACGCUGGAAGGAAAUGGAAACCUAUUGCUUCAAGCGUUAAUCUAUUUUUUUGGUCAACUUCAAAACAUGAUAAAAGCUAUACUGUCUACAUAUCACAGAAGAAUGACUCCUAUACCUCAACUUAUUACAAAGGUGAUGUUUAUACACUGAAAAAAUCCAGUGGCGACUACAAAGUAUGGAAAUCUCUGUUACAUGAAGUAGUUUCUUUUGGAAUACAAGGAAAUUUCAUUUACGCAACAACUCUUACAAAGGAUGGCAAAGAAAGAAGAAUGCAAAUUUCAUCUGAUGGUGGCAUUACUUGGAAUGAAGCCCAACUUGAAACCAUCGCACACGACCGAUUUUUCUCCGUUCUGGAUAUGUCUGAAGGAUUAAUAUUUAUGCACGUUGAUAAUCCUGGAGAUACUGGUCAUGGUACGCUGUAUACAUCUGGGCAAGAUGGUAUCAUCUACUCUAAAUCUUUGGAACGCCAUUUUUAUCCGAGUUUAUAUGAAGUUACUGAUUUCUACAAAAUAAAAUCUAUGACUGGUGUCUACUUUGCCAGCAGAAUACAAGCAGAUAGUAGUAUUUCAACAGUGAUCACCUUUGACCGAGGAGGUAUUUGGCAAGAGAUUGAACCCCCAGUGGGUGUUCCUUGUGCAGACAAAACGAAAAGCUGUCAUCUCCAUGUCCACAAUGUGUUCAGUAAGAAGCAGCAUGUUAAUGUUGAAGUACCUCUCAGUACUCCAAGUGCUGUUGGUUUAAUUUUAGUACAUGGUCAUGUAGCAAAUAAUUCGCAGAUCACUGAACCUGAUGUUUUUGUCUCCAGUGAUGGUGGUUAUAAAUGGCAUAAAGCUCUUGAUAAAGCUCACCAUUAUCAAAUUGCUGAUAGCGGAGGCCUCUUAGUGGCUGUUCCUUCUGAGAAAUUUCCAAAGUAUAUCAGAUUCUCAACCGAUGAAGGACAUUGUUGGCAUGACUACAAAUUUACUAAUGAGAACAUCAGUUUUACUGGUCUGCUUACAGAACCAGGUUCUCAAUCAAUGUCUGUUAGCAUCUGGGGAUUCCGUCAAUCUGAUAGCAAAUGGAAGGUGCAUAUUAUUGACUUCAGAAAUGUUAUCCAUCAAAAAUGUCAAGAAUCAGACUACAAACUUUGGCUUGCUCACAGUUCACGUUGGAAGAACACAGAAGAAAAUACAGGAUGUUUACUUGGUUUAAAGACUUCAUUUUACCAGCUCCGUCCGGAAUCUUGGUGUUACAACGGCCACAAUCAUAUAAAUAAGAAUGAAACAAAAGUGUGUCCGUGUACACGGUCAGAUUAUCAAUGUGACUAUGGUUAUGAAGCUGAUAUGAAUCAGAAUUGCAAGCGAGGUGUUCCAGUUGGUCGGGAUAUAGAUAUAUGUAUACGAGGUCAUGAAGAGAAAAUAGUUAGUGAAGGAUAUAGAAAAAUUCCUGGUGAUAAAUGUUCUUGUGAAAAUUCGAAAUGUUUUAAACCAAACACUAAGAAAAUAGACUUGGGUGUUCUAUGUCAUUCCAGAAUACAACUUGUAAGUAAUUUACUUCUUUUAGAUCCCAUUUCAUCUGCCAUUACCUCUCUCGUUCUCGCAAUUCUUAUGCAGCGAGUGCUCUCUAUCAGUUGCCAUUUUGUCAAAUAUUUUGCAUAUGCACAAUCAAUGAUUUUUUUCCCCUCUAAAUAAGCUACCAUUAAUAAAUAUGUGAAUAUGAAAUUUUUUUUCUGUUGAUCUAAAAGUCUUACAGCAAAUUUACCAUUUUCAUCAAUUUCUUUCUUUUGUUUCUUUGUUAAAUAUCAAUGUUUUGUUUUGGCUUUAGUGGACUAUGGAUGUAAAAUAUAAAAAUGAAACAAUAGUCGGGUGUUAAUGUUAUGUAAUUCAUAAUACCUACUAAUAAUGUGUCUCUUGAAUAAGUGUAUGAUUGUGUGUUUGUACAGAAAUAUACUAACAAACCUUUUUUUUUUAAUGUAUGUAAAUUAUGUGUUUUAAUUAUAUGGGAAUGGUGAGCUUUCCUGCAAUACGUUUGCUUAAACUGCUAUGUAUUUUAUCGCUGAGAUUUCUUUCUCAAACUGCACAACAGACAUAAUAAACUAUUGUUAAUCAUUUUUUUUUUUAAUGUUUUCCCAAGGCUUAAAACUGGUUUCUAUAUAUUGAUAUUUAGGGAAAUCUAAUUUUAAAAUUAAUGAAUUAUUAAAUUCAUUUAAAUAUAUUUAUUGAAAGAGAAUGAAUGAGUAAUAAAUGAAAGUAAUUAAAACUGUU